AGCAGGAAUGCCUAUCAUUACAUUUUACUGAUAUAAUCUUAUUUUCAGAAUAAUAUAUAAACAAUGAAUAUUUUUCCUUAGCCUUAUUUAUACAUUUAAUAUCUUUUCAAAAUCAUUCAACAGGCACUAUUUUUUCUAUCUAUAGUAACAGUAAGCAUAACUUAAUGCAUUAUUUCAUGAUAUUCAUGCUAUUCAUAUCUUAUGUAAGGUUUUUAUCCAAUAGAGGGUUGUUCAUUAAAUUUAACUUAAUACACUUCAAUACAUUUUAAAGCACAAUAUUGAUUCUCUAUAUUGUUUACUUAAUAUUUUGUAACAUUCCUCUUUUUGUUAUUUAUUUUCAAGUCAUGCAUUUUUCAUGAAUUGUGUGAUUGCAGAGAGAAGUGGCUAUAUAAGCCAGUAUUUUCGGUCAUUUCAUUGCCUUGUCGACAGAUGCAAAAGAAAAAUGGAUAAUCUAGAGAUCUUAGCAGGUUACUCUGAAGCAUUAGAUGAGUUUAAUGCUCAGUUUAUAGAUAAUGACCAGAAGCCAGCAGAAAGGCCUCUCUGGCCUAAUAUUCCCUCCUGCUGCCCAGUUGAGGACUGUUUGGAAGUUUACCAGAGUUUCAGCAGCUUUGAACGACACUGGAACAAUAAACAUGUCAAUAAAAUAAAAUUAUACAAGUGUCCAAACUGCUCUUUCAAGUCGGCUAGAGAAUAUAAUGUAAGGAAACACCAAGAAAAGGUACAUAAAAUGAAGAGUGCGAUUGAAUUUGAAAAAUCUGAAAAUGGAAAAUACAUUAAUCCAGGAGACAAACUUCCAUACAGGUUUGAUCACCGCCAAAGAAUGUCUAAUAAAAGAAAAGCUAUUGAAGGGACAGACCUUCUAGUCAGAGGCGGACAAGUGUGCCGGGAUCAGUUCGCGGAAGAACACAAGGGAAAUGUCGUUGUUAAAUACAAACAGAAUAAAAAAUAAACUGUUUUGAAUUCAAUAAUCAGAGUGAAACAAAAAUUAUAUGUGAUUGAUUAU